AGAGAAACGAAUGAAGCUUCUAAUUAAUGAUAAAAAAACACGAUGAAAAGAUCAUCUUGUCCUCUGCUAGGGUUCCACGAGAACCUGGUCCUUCUGUGCUGCCAUCUUUGAAACCAGGCGCUGCGAGAGGCGGAGGCAACUCAACACAGGGAGAUGGCGUCGACGAGGAAGGUGAGGCGGAGGGGGCGGAGGGGGAAGCGGUGCAGCUUGGGCGAUUUACUCUAUUUAUUGAUGGGAUUUCCGAUUUGGUGGGUUAUCCCCAAAUCAAAUCCCUUUUCGGCAAGGUUGGGAGGGUUGAGAAGCUCUUCGUGCAGAGGAAUCGCAAGGCUGGGAGGAGGUUUAGGUUUGGGUUUGCUCAAUUCUUCUCAAGGGUCCAAGCAGAGGCGGCGGUGGCUAAGCUCAACGGGACAAAGAGUGGUGGUGUUCAUCUUUCGGUAACAGUGGCGCGGUUUCCCUAGAGAAGCUCAUCGAUUUUGCAGAGCCAGGGAGCUAGCAGGGGUCUCAGUCAGAGGAGAGCGCCCUCUGUUUUGCGGAAGAGAGAUCCCAAAGUUUCUGGGUCUGGUCCUUUUUCUCUCUCGUGGCGUGAUGUGGCUAUGGGGAAGAAAGGAGUGGGUUGCCAGAAGCUCCUUUUUUCAGCAGAAGAGUGCUUGUUUCCGGCAACAUGGAGAUGCUGUGAGGAGAUUGCUAGAAUAUCUAAGAUGGUUCUGUUCCCUGAGAUUUCUUCCGGUUGGCGAUGUACAGAGGCAGAGUGUGAAGGGUUGGAGGCAGUGCAGGAUGUCCCGGCUAUCUGGAAUUCUUGCGUUAAGGGUUUGUGUUUGGAGCCAAGGUCUUCAGUUGAAGUUCUCUUUCCAGAAGUUGUUCCAAGGCAUAUAGAGGAUCUGGUUCAAGAUGGAGAAGAUGCUUGUGGCGGUGGAGUAGCAUUGUUGGAACAUUCAGCUUUUAAGAGGUAGAGGCGGUUAGGAGUUAAUUUAUUAACGCUCGUUGAUAAUUCUUCUUUGAAUUCCCUGUAUUUUCGGCUUCUUUUAGCGGGUGAAAUGGCUCUUAAGGUUCUGCUUAAUGGAAAUUUCAAAUUGUGCCUAUCUCCGGGUGAGGGGAUUUCAAUUAGAACGUGUUUUGGGAAUUUUGGGGUGACCCUGCCAGUUCUCUUUAGGUCUUCUGCUGUGUCAAGGCAUAUCUCUGUCUCUCCCUCUUUUCUUAGACCUGUUGUUGUUCCGCUUUCCGCUGGGUCUGAGGUGGAGGUGAGGUUGCAAGUUGUAGAGGAUAUUGAUGCUGAUAGCUGGUCUUUAUCAGUUGGGGAUCCAGGAGACUUAAGGCUUUCUUCAUACAUGUGUUGCUUGGAUCAAGAGAAGUAUGAGGUUGAGGGUGCUGCAGAGGUGGAGGAUGGCGAAUUUGGGGUAGAUACCGAAGCAGAGGUUGAUUCAGUUUCUUCUUUUUUAGAGCCUUCUCCUCAGAGGCCUCGUGGUCAUCCCAAGAAAAAGAAAGAGGGAAAGCGUGCUCUCUUGGAUGUUCCUCGCCGGCCUCGUGGGCGACCAAAAAAACCCAUGGCUGGUGUUGCUAAGGAAACUUUGCAAGUGCUACCGUGUGAUGGUGAAGUGGAAGAUGCUCGGGAUGCAGGGUCGUUAGGGAGAGAGUUGAUGGUUUUGCCAGUGGAGCUUUCUGAACCUUAUGGAAUUAUGACUAGAGCUCGGAGUGUUGUUUUGAUGGGGAAGCGAUUGGGUAUGGUAUUUGAUUGCUCAGACGAUGUUGCCACCUACCAAAUUGCUGCGCAAAUUAAUGCGCGUAGGUAUUCUUAGGGUUUUUCUGUGGUAGUUUUCAGGUUUUAGCUUUUGUACUUGGGGACCUUUGAGGGCUUUGGGUUUUUUCUUGAUCUUUUGAGUGGAGAUCUUUAGGCUUGGGUGAUUGUGCUUCUUCCUAGGGGUUUAGCAAGAUUGGUUGUGCUUAGUUUUUUGGGUUGGAUUGGGUGAUUUUGGUGGUUUCUUUUCACCCUUUUGUGGCAGGUUGUAUAGCACUGACUUUUUCCUCAUUAAUUGUAAUAAUUUUUACUUUCGAAAAAACAAAUAGAGAAACGAAUGUAAUAAACUCAAAAUAAUAACAUGAGAACAAUUUCUAACCUUUCCCGACAA